AUGAGUAGCUGCUUCAACGGUGGCGCCGGCUGGCCGGAGCCCGUGGUGCGCGUGCAGGCCGUGUCGGACACCUGCGGCGAGACAAUACCUGAGCGGUACGUCAAGCUGCCGUUGGAUCGGCCGUCGGCGACGACCCUCCAACCGGCGGUCUCACAUGGGGGCGGCAGCCUAAACAUCCCGGUAGUGGACAUGUCAAUGCCGGACUCGGGCGAGACAGUCCGUGCCGUGGACGCGGCGUGCCGGGAGUGGGGGUUCUUCCAGGCGGUGAACCACGGCGUGAGCCCUGAGCUGCUGCGGCGGGCGCGCUCGUCGUGGCGCGGCUUCUUCAGGCAGCCAGCCGAGGUGCGCGAGCGGUACGCCAACUCGCCGGCGACGUACGAGGGCUACGGCAGCCGUCUCGGUACCACCAAGGGUGGGCACCUCGACUGGGGCGACUACUAUUUCUUGCACCUCCUCCCGCCGUCGAUCAAGAGCCACGACAAGUGGCCGUCCCUUCCGUCCACCCUACGGGACGCGACGGAGGAGUACGGCGAGGAGGUGGUGAAGCUGUGCCGGAGGGUAUCAAAGGUGCUGUCCAAGGGGCUGGGACUCGACGGCGGGAGGCUGCAGGCAGCGUUCGGCGGGGAGGGCGGCGAGGGGGCAUGCAUGAGGGUUAACUUCUACCCGAGGUGCCCGCAGCCGGAGCUGACGCUGGGCGUGGCGGCGCACUCCGACCCCGGCGGCAUGACCAUGCUGCUCGUCGACGACCACGUUCGGGGGCUGCAGGUGCUGAGCAACGCGGCGUACAAGAGCGUGGAGCACCGGGUGACGGUGAGCGCAGCGGAGGAGCGGCUAUCGCUCGCCUUCUUCUACAACCCGCGGAGCGACGUGCCCGUGGCGCCCAUGGCGGAGCUGGUGGCGCCGGGACGCCCGGCGCUGUACCCGGAGAUGACCUUCGACGAGUACCGGGCCCACAUCCGGCAGCGCGGCCUCAGCGGCAAGGCGCAGCUACAGUCUCUGCAGAACGCCAACAACAGCGUCGCCUCCUGA